CGUGGCACUGAGCGGAUGUAUGUGUACAAUAAGAGGAUGACGGACACGAGCGCUGGCUGAGAGGCCUGGGGGGCAAGCAGACGUCGGCGCUGACGUUGCUCACGCGGCUCCGGCGCCGGAGGGACGAGGUCGUUGCGGAGGAGGAGGCUGCGAGGAGACAGGAAGAGCGGAUCAGAGCUAUCCAGGAGUCGCAGCAGAAGGCAGCAGAGGCGAGGCGUGUCCUCGGCGAGCGGACGAACACGGGCGACGUGUGGAUCGGAGGACGGGGCCCAAGUCUUGCCCCGUCGACCCUCCCUGUAUCGGGGUAUUUGCCCUCGCCCGGGGUCAUUGCCUCGCGGGCCCCGACGUACGCACCGAUGCCUGUGCAGCCUCGGGUUCUUGGGUAUUCCCCGGUGCCUGCCCCGCCUCGGGUACCGGCUAUCGCCCCACAUUCGAAAGUUCCGCAAACUGCGACGGGCCCCGCGACGGGCCCCGCGACGAGAGGCCCCGGCUCUCAGCCUCUCCUGCACUCGUGGACGGGCGACCAGAACACGUACCGUCCCACUGGCAGGGAGGAUGCAUUCUGCGGCACAACUUAGGGCAAAAUCUGCACCAUUUUGAUCAUCUG